CCGAGCCAGCGUCGGAAUGAUGACCAAAGCUCGACGCAUCGAGACAAUGUUGGGCACCAAGGCCACGAGCUCGUCCGGGAGGGGCUCGAAGCUCGCACACGAUCCCAGUGUCGUCUUCGAGCUCACGAAAAGGUAUAAGACGGCUUUAUCUCCUGGCUACUCGGUCCAUUUCCCAUCAAGCUUCUCUCUCCCCCUCUCCCCCUCCCUCAACACGCUCUCUCGCCUUUCCCAACAUGUUCCGCCUCUCCACCAUCACUCUUGCGGCUGUAGCUGCUGUCCUCGUCUCGCAGGCUGGCGCCGCCCCUGCCAACCACCCUCACCCUCACCCUCACCCUCACCCUCACCCUCAUCCGCACCCUCAACCCUCCUCUCCACCCUCUCAACCGACCAGGACACUGACUGAGUCCGGUACCGUCCCCACGACGUAUCUGACCACGUCGGGCACAGGCCCUCCGGAGGUUAUCAUCAAGACGACUCCCCCGACCCAACCUUCUCCGAGCAGUGUCCCAACGCCGAGCGACCCCCCUCAGAGCGACUCGGUUUCGAGCGGAUGCACCUCGUAUGCUACAGCCACGACGACAGAAACGAAGUCGAGCUUGACUUCCACCAGUUCAACCACGUCGACCGACCAGGCCUCCUGCACUGCCAUCGUCGAGGUUGACGUGCCGUGCAAGGACCCUCAAGGGUGGAAUUGGGCCUACUAUCCCAACAAUCGUACUGACGGCGACCCCAAGGUCAAGCCAGAGGACGUCAAGAAGGUGCAGCCCACCGACUCUGGUGUUACGCCCGAGGUUGGCUUCUACGACGACGGCGGCGGUAAUUACUCUUACUAUCAGUCGGACAAGGAGUUCCGAGCGGCAGGUGACGUCACCAACCAGCACACCUACUUUAAGGUCCCCGCAGACGGCAGGUACAACUUUAGGCUCAGCAAGGGUGAUGCCGAAGCUUAUUUCUGGUCAGGCGCGAACGCCUACUCGGGCUUUACUGGCUCGAACAACAGAACGGGCUCGUACUACAACUCUCAGGGCUACCACAAUGCGACCGUCGCCAUCAACCUUACGGCUGGUAACUACUACCCGCUUCGCAUCUUCCAGUCAAACGAGUUCGACGGCGGCCCUUCCGGCUUCGAUUUCGAGGUCACUGACUCCAAUGGAAACAAAGUGCCGGACGAGGACUUUGUCCAGUACAACUGUCGCUACGAGUACGAGAACAACGAGGGCGAGCCCUUCGCCGAAUUCGGGAAUGAGUCCUAAGCUCGCCUUUUUGCGGCUGACUCAACGGACUCAGGACGCGCAUGCCUGCCCCCGGCCCCGCGCAACUCGGGAGCGGUGGUCUGCGCAACCAUCUCGCUCCUCCUCCCUCUCUUGGUCAACUUCUCUCUCUUCCCCUGCUCACUUUCUCAAACGCUACUCGGCCUUUGUCUUCUCUGAGCAUCGUGCUCACCUAAUUUCUUUGAGCAAUCCAUUUGUCGUCGUAGAACUUCGGAACGCGUCU